AUGGUUCCCUCGGGCUUGAGGGAGGCUGCAGCGGGAGGACCCAGGCCUAGGCGCUGCUCCCACGAGGAACAGCAGGGGCAGGACGGAGCCGGGUGGGUGCGAUCGAUAUGCGUGGCGACCUUCGACGUGGGCACCGGGCACACGCUUGAACAGGUGUACCCCCCGGACAGCCUGGAUGACGGAGAUCGCCAGAGGAUUCGGAUGCUGGCAAUGCCCGACUGCAACACCACGCAGAUAGGGGAUUGUUUCUAUUGCUUCCGGACGCGAAAGUCGCACAGGAUGCCCUUGAUGAGCUCCUCUCUGCUGGACCAGACGUUCGAGUACUGCUACGCGUUCUUCAGGCAGGAGCGAAACGAGGAGUGCGCCCGUGGCAUGUUCCAGAAGUCGGUCGUCGUCGUGAGCCGCUAUCCUUACGUCAACCUAUUCGAACGCCUGGUGAAGGUGAUCGGGCCGCUUUACUUCACUCACGGAUCGGCAGUCUUGGAGGCUGUAUUUUCGUCUUUCGAAGACUGGCCCGCGCCCUGCCCGGGAUCCCUAUGCCCCCUGCCAUUCCUAGGGGAGACCGUCAUGUUCCAGGUCCCCGACAUCGACAUGCCUCCACAGGUGGCCUCCAACUACAGGUACCACCGCGGGGUUCACCUCUGUGCCUCCUGGUCUAGGGCUCGAGUGGUGAGCUUGACGCGCACCCUCAGCGGCUGCGGCAGCAUCAACUCCGGCUUCCCGAUUUCCGGCGGCAGCCCGGGCUCUUGCCGCAAGGGCGUUGGGCCGUCGCCUUUGGAAGACCCCGAAGGCGGUGGCGGGGAGGAGGAGGAGCAGCAGCAUCCCGUUAGCAGACGAGGAAGCACCGGAGUUGGCGCAGACUCUGCCAGCGCCGGCGCCCCCGCGGAUGGCGGUGGCAGCGUCAAAGAUCCCCCCCCCCUGUCAGGCGGCGGCCCGCCUCGAAGCGGUAACCCCGCGAGCGCCGACGGUGCGAGCGUUUGUUUGCAGGGCGCGGGAAGGCGACCAUUCGCCGGUGCCGCCCUCGACGAUGACGGCGCCCCCGCCUCCUCCCCCCCCCACCGGAAGAACACCUGCGGAACCCCCACGGGCGAGAGUAAUGGCCAGGAGGGUUGGGGUGCGGUCCAGGCUAGGCGGACGCCGUCGCCGGGGGGCGGCGGGGGCGGGGGGGCGUUUUGGAACGGAUCGUGUGGUAGCCCGGGGGGGCUCACGUCUCCCGGAUUCCGGCUUUCGGCGGGUGAGGCGCUCGGGGAAGGAGGCCUGCCGCCGGGAAUGCGGGCGGGGGGGCACGGGAGAUCGUCUUUCGGCGCCGGUUCUAUGGCUUCCGUGAUUUGCGAAAGUCCGUCGGAGAACUGGUUGGCCACACCGCGAAGCGGAAGCACGCCAAUCUUGACUCUGGACGGCAGGGCCGGGUCGAACCUUGCGCAGAGUUGCUACUACGUUGCCGACCAGGAUAGCGAAGAGGACGACGAGGACGAAGACAUGGGCGAACGCUUCGCGCUCGAGGAGGAAGGCUGGCAGGGAGAGCGGUGGGUGGAGAACGGUGGAGGCGACCAAAGCGCCGUCGGACAGGCCGCGGGGGGGCGGGAGGAUGCGGGGGCGGGUGGGGGCGACGGGCGGGAUGCCGGAGUGCGAGAAGGGGAGGGUAGCGCCGGCGAAACGAUGCUGGAGAAUGGACGCCAAUCAGAGGUGGCGGCCCCGGCGGGCUUGCCAGUAGCAGGGGACCGGUCAGAUGCCCCGAGACACGCAGCAGCUACGGGCGACCAGCCAGAGACGGUCACAGGUGUUGAUGGCAGCGUCAACCCGAGCAAGACACCGAACCCCAGGUCCACGGGCGCUUGGUCUGCCCUCCGCGCCUGGGCGGACACCGCGCCGGAAGACCCGUGGGACGUCCCGGCACCGCUAGAGUUGCCCGCGGCGCUCGCGGGGAAGGAGUCGACGGCUGCGGCUGCGGCCGUCGCGGAGUCGAUCCGUCGUGAAGGUAGCGGCGGCGGUAGCGGCCAGGAGACUUUGUUGACGUUGCCCGGUAGGGUUAAAGCACAGGGCGGCGGCGGCGGCGGCGCGGAAGCGAAGGCGCUCUCGAGGUCGGUGCCGGCGGCGGCACCGGCACCGGGGCUGCAGACCACCGCGGGCGACGAGGCCAGCAGCCGGGAGGACUCUUCUGGUUCUGGUUCUGAUUCGGCGCCGAAGAGAGGGGUGGGCAUCGUUGCUGCCGGAAAUGGGAAUGGUGCCGUGGGCACAGCGAAACCCAGGGAGGCGUCAAAUGGAGGACGCGCCUUGCCGGGAGCGCCAAGGGGAGUACCAAGCUCGGCAGGUGCCUUUGCCGCGCCGCCGGAGGAGACGGGGCCCGUAGCGCCUGGAGGGGUGCGGGGCUCGACUGCCGGAGAGGAGGAAGGCGGAGGAGUUUUGUCGCUGCUAACGACGGCAACCGCUGGGGGUUUCGCGGUUGGAGGUAGUGGGGUGGGUGUUCCUGGGGCUUUCAUCACGGCGGAGGCGGAAGCCGUGGCGGUCACGGGUAAGACGCGUGACGGCGGUGGCUGCGUCCAGGGCAAGAGAGACGAUACGGGUGUGGGUGCCGUUGAGGGUAAGGAUAUAGAGGGCGAGGGCGACGACUCCGGUAGGCAGCUCGCUAGGAGGGGCUCUUCCAGCAGCUCGGUGUUCGGGAGAGAGGGACGCGCGUCGACGUUCCACAGGUCCGGCAGCCCGGAUAACAGGAACGUCCAGAUUCACCGCACCGCCAGCAACUUGCGAGCAGGCCGUUCACCCUUCGCCGAGAUGCUCCUGGCGGACGAAGCCCGCUUUAGAGCCAAGCAGGGCCUCUUCCAGAGCAUCGGGCUGUACAGCAUCUUCGGCAAGAAGCUUGUCGAGCACCUGUGGCUCUUGUGGGAGCUGGUGCUCACGGGGGGGCCGACCCUCGUGCUGGGGUCUAGCGUGGGGGCGUCGUCGGCGGCGAUUCUUGGGAUGGUGAGCCUCGCUUCCCCGGUGUACUACGGAGGGGACUUCCGGCCGCACUUCACUACCUUCGACCCGGACUACCGUGAGAUCGUCGCCGCCCACGACAAAGUCAGCAAGCAGCAGAUGUGGGGGUCCUCGGUUCUAGGCGUACCCGCGGCAGGGUCUGCGGCGGGCGCCGGGGGCGGGUUUCCUAGCCUCCUGCUAGGCGUUAUUAAUCCGAUCUUCCUCAGGACCUUGUCAAGGUGGCCGAACGCGAUCGUGCUGCCUGGAGCGCCUGGCAGAAGCCCCACCGCCGGCAAGGCUGGGUUCCACAAGCUUCAGAAAAACCUCUCUGAGGAAGCCCCCUGCGGCAGUCCCAAAAACCGCAACUGUCCGACGCCCGCAAAGGAGGGGCUGGCGUCCCCGCGUCCCGCCCCCGUCCGCGUUCAGGUCGUGCGCGCGGGGGCAAGCCUCGACCAGGUGGUUGGGCAAGACGACAGGCCUAACGAGCCCAUCAUCGUGGCAAGGCAGCAACCGGUUAUGGUCCCCGACGUUGCGGUAUUGUCCCGCCUCGUGGACCCGAGUAGCCCCUUCAACCCGGCAACGGUAGCGGCAGCAGCGGCAGCCGCGGCCUCUAACUCCGCCCAGGGCGGACAGCCGCCGACGCCCAUCGCCGGCGUCGUUGCGGCGGCGGCGGAGGCGGCCAACAACGCCAAGGGCGGGCCCGAGACCAAGGGCCAGUGGAAGGACAGCCUCCGAGCCAUCAACGACAUCAUCCUGAGGAGACAUUUUGCGGACCUGACGCGGUCGUUUCUGGCACCGUACGACCAGUACUUUCGGAGAGCAAGACCACCACAGGCUCUGUCGGCAUGGCAGGCUUUGGCUUUGGGAAGGUUGUCCGUGUACACCGAGGCGGAGUUGCUGCUACCUCGCUUCGACCAAGAAGAGUUCCUCACCGAAAUGUUCGUGGCGGGACCCCCUAAGGCGUUCGUGCACGUACAGUGGGAAACCCUGUACCGUCGUUUCAUGGACAGCCCAAACUUUCAACCGUGGUUUACAACACAACGGAUGGAGGGCGUCAAUCGAAUACGGGAGAUGAGCCGUGCGAUGUGCCUGCGGACGACGCCGCAAGGUAUCGUGGAGGCUUGUGCUCCGGCUCGAUUACCGCAGCUGCUGGCGAAGAUCAAGGCGGCGAUAGCUCGACAGUGGCAGAAGAAGCAGACCGUUGACUGGGACUUGUUGGAGAGAAUGGAGCAGCACCAGAAGGCUGUCGCUUCCGCGAUCGUGGCACAGUCCGCUCGUGGUGAGGGGUAGAGAGCACGGAGCUUACACGUUAAAAGUUAGUUUUCGGUUAAUUUGUUCUUCCUGGCAACACCGUCGUCGUGGAAUGCGUUCACUUGGGCAGCAUCUGAGCCGUUCCGUUUUUUGCCGCGUGUGUUGACUGUGUUCGCACGUGGAGUUUUCUCCCAGCUCGUGCUUACCUCGUUCUCCUUUCAGAGCCUAUCGCGACCUAAAUGCAGCCGUCGUUUAAGUAGUCGCAAGGCGUGCUGCUGCGACGAUCACCUUCUCUGAUGCUGCAUUGUUGGGUGCGGUCGUCGCAGGCCGUAGGUAGGACUUUCGAGCUUUUCACAACACAAGCAUUCCUGGGUAGACGUGGGCUUCUCGUGACAGUUGCUGCAAGUUUACCGGCGUGAAGGGGGACACCUGUACGAAGCAGAAUUUACCAUGUGACACGUACCAUGAAAUAUGUACCAUGUGACAUGUACCGUGCAACAUGUACUAUGCAACAUGUGCCAUGCAAACAUGUACCAUGCAAUCAUGUACCAUGCAAUCACGUACCAUGCAAACAUGUACCAUGCAAGUGUAUCUCGCCUCGGCUUGCUUUGGCGUGCCGGACAGAACCAGCUGCCGACGACACGUUUUCCGAUUGGUCCACAAGACGCAGCUGCUUGCAAUUCGUUCAAUGCUCUAUCCUCCGCAGGAAAAGGCACCGUCGCCUCUGCAACUGGAUCGAUGCAGCCAUGAACGGUGAACUUGUCACAUGCCCAUCAGUUUCUCAAGGUGCCGUCGGCAAGCGUUGACAAUGGGCGGUUUCGACGAGAUUGAAGAUGGCUAUGGAAUCGAUCAUGGAUACGAUUCGAUGUUGCAGCAACAUUCGUUGGUGUCGCUGGGGACCAAGUCUGCAGCAGGUGUUGGUCGCCAGAGGCUUGUGCUGUUUGCACCGCCUGCUCUCUUGCACUUUGCUGAAUGAAGCGGCUCGUCAUAGAGACAAGCCAUUCGAUCGAGUGGUGUAACUGACGGUGGCCUUCAAGCAGACGCAACUUUAAUGCUUGUAAUUGUUGAGCGGAAGGGCGACGGCUCUUCGCAGUGGGGGCGCAUGCACGCGUUUUAGCGGCAAGCCUUUCGCACGCGUUUUGCGGCCAGCCUUUCCCCUAGUGGGAGAAUACGAUAUUCAAGCGCGCGCCACGGAGUCUCUCGAAUGGAAAAACACUUCGGGAAAACCACUUGGUUUUCUUCUCGCGCGCUCUCGCUCUUGGGCUGCUGCGAGAUACAGGCGCAGACACACGGCGAUAGUGAUUGUGGACCGUUAGGUCCUGGAGUAGCCGCUACGAAGCGAGCAUCCGCGAACCCAGAACAGCUCUUCGUGAUAUACACGGGGAACGCGAGACGUCGCUGAUUUUGCAUCGGAGAGGCAAUGCUUGACAAUGAUCUUGGUGCGGACUUGAGGCAAUGUAAAUCGGCGACAGCAAUAGAUGUUUGGUCCCUACGGGGGCGAUAGAGUCGUUCGUACAUGAGUUCAACCGUGCGGGUGGGAGCUCGUGAUCUGGUGUCGUUUCGAAACUGAAGUAGGCCUUUUCUUUUACGAAGGGCUAGUUUUGGGAGUGAUGCUUCAGUGCGGUCAUUCGCAACUGGUCUCACCAGUAAUUUAAUAGAUUGAACAAGGUCACGUUGGUCUUGUAAUACAUGUAUACCGAAGAGCGAUGAACAAAGGACGCCCGCCGAAGGUUUAUGGAGACCCGUUGUAUUCCAAGGGAGUGAAUCGCACUUUUGAUUGCCGAGCCCCCUUCAUGAGAAACUUUGCACAAUUGGAGCGCCUUAGCCUGCGCGGCGAAGGUAGUGUGUACCAUAUGGGUAUGCAUAGCAGCGAUGGUGGAUAUUGUGUGCGUUCAGCCCCCCGGUAUCGUUGUGUCAUUGCUUGUUGCGGCCGAAUAGAAUGCUGCUGCGGUGUUGGUGUAGAUGUGUGAGCGUUUGGGCGACCCUUGUCGAGGCUUUUACUUCUUUUGGUUCUACAACAGUUGCGAUGCUUGUCUGCGAGAGUGAACUUUUUCCUUUUUUUAAGCUGUCGUCUAAGAUUUAGUAUACACUCAAAGUUUGCCUGCCGUUUGGUAGUCUUGACAAUAUCGCCCGUGGGAGCCUACCGCGAAACCGGUACGGGAUGCAUUGCCGCGAAUCACAAGUCGGUGGGUGAGCUGUCGCGGCUGCACGCUGCACACCUGGGCUGGGGGGUUGCACAGGCUGUGCUACUGUGAACGGGGGCGUUGGCGUUGAGGGCUUCGUAAAGAUCGACUGGCCGCGCGUGUGCCGCCGUUUUCCUGCCACAAUCGUGCCGUGAUAAAUCGUCAUACCCUUGGGUGUCUAGAGAUUUGUGUUGCUGUUUUUCGAAUGUUCGAAUUGAUUCUUUGGUGAUUGUUGUCGAAGGAGGAUGCGUUCUUGGUAGGUAUUUGGAGUACGUGGACCAGCAUCGACUGGGCUUGCCAGUAUACAUCUCCGCGGCGCUUGCCAGCGACCCCUUCCCUAGUGCUCUGUACUGAAAGUGAUAUUUGUCGUAUCGGUGAUAUUCAACCUUUCUUUGUCCGUUUUUGUCAUUCGGAAAAUCGUCCUCCACACCUGACCCACUUUUGUCCCAGAUGCCCACCUUUGUCCGAUUUUUGUUCAUUCGAAAAAUAGUCGUCCUUCUACGUCACCGCACGGACGACCGUUUCGAAUGAAAAAUAACGGACAAGAAGUGAGUCCCAAGUGGGUCACAAUCUACGUAUGCUGUGUAUACAUGAAGUAGAUUUCUGUGGUGGCUACACAUCGGAGAGUUCGGACGACAUCGGGCAACCUUUUGACGACUUGUGCAACGCGGUGGCGUGUGGGUGAAGACUUGCCAGUCCGCAAGAAUUGGCGCUGUUCAUGGUAUGGAU